CUGUCUCUUCCCCUAAGGACCUGCCUGGCAGAGGUUGCGGGACAUCAUGAGUGAGAAAGCUUAGCUCUUUUGGGACAAGAGCGGGGACAGACAGUGUACAUUUGGUGUGACUGAGCCUGGUGCAUACUGAAUUGGAAACAAAGUGAGUUUGUCAGCCAAUCCUAAGGGUCAAACUGGGAAGUUUACAGAUUUACAAGAGUUCGCUGCACAUUCUCUUUGACUCACGCUAAACGAGUUCAAGCCAAGGACCGGCUCAAGAGGGUUGAGAAACCAGCCAGGGGAAAGGAAGGUGAAAGGCAGAGGCCAUCAACUUCUAGAAGGCAAGACUGGGAGCUGUUAAUGCAACAUGAUCCUGUGGGUCUUGCCCUAAAAAUACCGCCAGGCAGGAGAACGUGCACAGACUGUAUGUGCCUAAUUUUCCCAAUUGGACUUCCAAAGCCGUCACAAUUUUUCUUUUUUGGCUUGGGCACUUUGAAGGUAAUCUAAUCCAAUGUAAUGAAGUUUAUUUGCUUUAGAACUUUGAUAGCAGAAGUUACAGGGAUAUUCUUAGGAAUACAAGAGCCCAUUCAAACCACUUUAAAAGUUAGUGUUACAUUUGAAAAGCUAAACAAUAGUUAUAAUAAUCAAAAUGAUCAAGUCUAGAUGGGAAACUUACUUUUACUCUUCUCUUGAAUCUCUCUACGUCAACUAUCUACAAUAAAUUAAGAAAAAGGGUCCAGUUAACAUUGGGACCCAUUUUGAAUACCCAACUAAUGCUAUUAUAAGAAGGCAUCACUGUGACAAUGAAAAAGGCAGAGGUGCAGAUGACCCUGAAGAAGGGAGCAGAUGAGCGGGUGCGCAACGUCCCUAGCCCCAUCUUCCUGCCAAAGCGGGCCAAAGCCAAUCCUAUCCCCGAUCAGAUGGUCCCCGACUCGGGGGCCUCCGCAUUUCCCACCCAGACCCCUCCUGUGUUUGUACGCAAAAUGAGGAAUGCCGCUGUGGGUACUGGCUGCGACAUCCGCCUGAAAGUGGCGGUGGCAGGAGACCCGCAGCCCUCGCUCUACUGGUACCACAAUGACGACCUGCUGAAUAUGGAUAAUCAGGAAUACGGGGGCCUCUGGAUCAGGGACUGCAAGCCCAGUGACGCCGGCCUUUACACCUGCAUUGCCAACAACCAUCUUGGGGAGGUGCGGAGUAGCGCCGUGCUCGCCGUCCUGGACCUGGGGGAAGACUCAGAGACCACAGAAGACGAAGGUGGAGACCCCAUUGAGACUAAAGAAGGAAGCAGAGGUCUUCAGGACCAGGCUAUGCAUGCAGGGGACAGAAUGAUGGACAGCUGGGGCGAAGAACUUCAAACCACCUCCAAGCCCGCCAGGAGCCAAUCAGAAGAGUUUUUGAGGGAAUCUCCCCAACAAGUCUUCCCACCCGCCUCACCAAAAAUGAUCAAACGCCCAUCCACUUCUCCAAUGCCAAGCCGCUCAGGUUCAGCACCAAACACACCCCUCACCCCCCGAAAGAAAGUUGUUGUGCCAACAGACUACCAAGACACUGUCCCUGGUGAAUUUGAGGAGAAGGUGAAACAUCCAAAAUCAUCAGCCAUGUCUCUAAGCAGUACUCAGGACUCCCGUCCUCAGACGCCAGUCAGUGUCAGUGAGUACUCCCGCAAGGAAUACCAAACUAGGCCAUCCCCCAAACUGACCAGAGCAAGCUCCAAGAUCUUUGAGAAGGUGCGUGGUUUCGAAGAGCGAAGGCGAAGUUAUGAUCAUGAAGGCUCCAUCUCGGGACGGUCCUGGGCCGGGUUCAAUCGUGCCGGGUCCGUCGACUCGGACGAUGGAGGGAGCCGGUUGGGCAUCUCCAGAGAGAGUUCGAGGGAAGACCUACGAGAGGCUCUGAAGGAGGACGCUGCCGAACGGAGGUCUAUGUUCAGACAGAGGGCUGCGUCCUUGGAGGACUGCAGGCCCCGUACCACCCAGAAGGUCCAGGAAAUCGAGAACAAGUUCACUGAAGAGCUUCAACGAAUCAAGAAGCUUGUGGGUAAACCUCACAUGAAGAAGUCCUUCUCCACCGAGCAGCUCUCGCUCAGGGCUAGUGGCAGGCAGCCUUUGAGGAAGAUUGAGCCCCUCCCACCUCAAAUUCUCCAGAAGCUCCAGGAACGGGAAUGGGCCCAGCACGAGAAGCAGCAGAAAGAGAUGGAACAGCCCAAAGAAGUAGUGCCACCAAAAUCACCACGACUACAGCUACAAGAACAAGCACGGCAGGGGCAGCCUUCACCCCAAACCCAAGAGAUUGACCGACACUCCAUGAGUAGCAUAACAUACAGUAGAUUGGGAGAAGUAGCUGCCACUCCAGAAUCUAUGCAACUGGCUGACUUACCGGGACAGAGGCCAACAAGACAGGUAAAUCAAGCCAGUCUUGUCAGGGAGAUCCUUCAAAGGUCUCCAUCACCAGCAAAGAUGCAGAUGCAGAGGGCUUACAAUCCAUCGGCAAAUCACCAACAGCAGGCAGAGUCACCAAGCAGAAAUGUUGUCGAGAUGACGCUACACAAAGUUGAACGCAGGCCAGAAAGCCCUCUUGUUCAGAGGAUAUAUUGUAUUCAAGAAUCACAGGACAACCAUGAAUCUCCUGUGCAAAAGUCCCAAAAGGAAGAAUCGCCAGGAACAAAAAUACCUGUAGAUGUAGCAUUAAGAAAAGUAGAGGAUAGACCAGAAAGUCCAUUGGUACAGAGAACGCCAACCGUUGUACAAGAACGUAUAAUCCAGCAUCCGCAAAAACCUCCACGGCAGGCUACCUCUUCUACAAAUGUUCCAGUUUUACCAUCUGAGGAGAAAAUGGAAGUGGAGUUGAUCAAGCCAGCCCCCAAGCUAAUCAUACCUACCAUCAUUGUCGAGGAAGAACCCAUGGAAGAUGACGUUCCUCUUGAGACUGACAGGUCUAAGAAGGCAACCAAUUCGAAAGAAGGUCAAACACAGAAGACCAGGGGGAAGGGUCGCCGCAUUAGUCCCAUGUCUCCAGAGUUAGAUUCUUCAGACGACUCUUACGUGUCUGCUGAAGAGGACCCCUUGGAGGCCCCUAUGUUUGAGUUUCCUCUUAAGGACACUGUGGUAACUGCUGGUACUGAGGUCCUGCUGAGAGUCAUCAUUGCUGGCAUGCCUCCCCCAGAAGUUACCUGGAGGAGAGACAAUAUCAAAAUCCAAAACAGCUUAAACUAUGGGAUUAAAGUGGAGGGAGAGCGUUAUUCACUUUUCAUCAAAUGUGCAAAAACAAGUGAUGCUGGAACGUACUGUGUGACAGCUGCCAAUGAGGUUGGGAAAACAUCUAGCAGUGCCACACUUUCGAUCAAACCAGAGCCUAUGCAGGAGCUGCAGGGGACCAUUUGUGUUCCUAGGGACAUCAGCAGCCCUAUCACAUCUGAUGAAGAGUACCUCAGCCCACUGGAGGAAGGCAUGGACUUUGGAAGCCCAGAGCCCAGGAAGAUAAUUGACACUCGAUUCAAGGAGCCUCCUGCCUUCCAGGUAACUAUGAAUGAUCAAGAGGUCAUUGAAGGUCAACAGGUCACCAUGUCUGUCCGAAUAAGUGGGCAGCCCAAACCCAUGCUUUAUUGGCUGAGGGACAGGAUGACGAUAAAAACAGACUUGCGCCACACUGUGCGUGAGACUGAGGACGGCACUUUUGAAAUGACCAUCAACUCACCCCAGAAGUUGGACACAGGAGUGUACACCUGCAAGAUCAUCAACGAGUAUGGAACAAAGCAAUGUGAAUGCAAACUGGAAGUGAAAGUGCCCCCGGUGGAGCCAGGCCUCGCCAUCAUCCGUCCAGUGAAGGACAUUACGGCGGAUGCUGGCGAGACAGUCAUGUUUGAGUGCCACGUAAUUGGACCACUGGACACGGACGUCGAUUGGCUAGCAGAUGGGAAGCUGAUCCAGCCGGCUCUGCUCAACUGCAAAAUGCAUUUUGAUGGGAAGAGGUGCAGGCUGCUCCUCAACUCAGUGCAUGAGGAUGACAGUGGCAUGUAUACGUGCAAACUGACCUCGGCCAAAGAGGAACUGACCUCGAGUGGCCAACUCAAAGUCAUUCCUUCCAUCGAGCCCCUAUUCACCCGUAAACUGGACGUCUUAGAGGUGAUCGAGGGCCGUAACGCCCGCUUUGACUGCAAGGUCAGCGGAACACCACCUCCCAGAGUCAGCUGGGGACAUUUCGACCAUACACUGGUAGAGAGCGAUGAUGUGCGCAUCUUACAAGAGGGAGGUCGUCACUCCCUCAUCAUCUCUCAUGUCACCAAUGAGGACGAGGGCUUUUACACGGUCAUCGCUCGCAAUCCACAUGGCGACGCCGAGAGCUCCGCUGAGCUCUAUGUCCAGGAGCCCAGACCUGCUAUCUCAUCUCAAAUGGCAAAGCUAGAGAAGAUGCCAUCCAUCCCAGAGGAGCCCGAGGUGCCGGACAACGAGGUUGAGCGCUUCACCAUGCCUGACUUUGUCAAGCCCCUGUACGACCUGGACGUGAUCGAGGGCAAAGAGACCGUGCUCAAGUGUAAGGUGGCUGGACUGCCGUACCCCACCAUUGUGUGGUUCCACAAUGGCAAGAAAAUCGACAGCACGGAGGAUAGGAAAAUGACACAGUUCAGAGACAUCCACAGCUUGGUCAUCCAUUCUGUCUGCCACGCCCACGGAGGGGUAUACAAGAGCGUAAUCUCCAACAAGGUGGGCAAGGCCACCUGUUACGCCCAUCUCUAUGUGACUGACGUUCUUCCAGACCCUCCAGAUGGGCCCCCAGUAAUAGAGGCUGUUACUGGCAAGACAAUAACCCUGUGCUGGAAGAAACCCCGGAGGCUGGAUCCCUCUAUUGAUCCCAACACGUUAAUGUAUGCCAUCCAACAACAAGUGCUGGGCUCAAUCCAGUGGACCAUCAUAGCAUCCAGUUUGAAAGAGCCUUGCUACACAGUGACCUCCUGCUCCAAAGGUGUCCGCUACACCUUCAGGGUCUUGUCAAUCACCACCAAGGCCUUUAGCAAACCCUCUCUGUCCACAGACCCAGUGCAACUUGUCGACAGAGGUCCAUAUCUUCAGGAGGCUCCAGUAAUAAUUGAUAAGCCAGACAUGGUGUAUGUGCAGGAGAACCAGUCAGUCAGCAUCACUAUCACUCUGAACCACAUCAACGCUGCAGUAAUCUGGAAAAGAAGGGGAGUGGUCCUUGCCACCAAACAUGGGCUGUAUGAGAUGAGUAUGCCCGAUGACGACCAGCACUCUUUGAAGAUCCUGAGGGUGAAGAGUGGCGACUUGGGUCAGCUGAUGUGUGUGGCCUCCAACAAGUUUGGCAGCGACUCCUGCAUCUUUAGUGUGGAAAUGGCAGCACCGCCAACCUUUGAGACAAUCAUGGAGGAUGUGGAUGUGCACAUGGGAGAUACGCCUCGUCUGGCUGUGGUCGUGGAGGGCAAGCCCAUUCCCGACAUCAUGUGGUUUAAGGAUGAUAUAUUGUUGUGUGAGAGUAGUCACAUCACCUUUGUGUAUGACGACAACGAAUGCUCCCUCGUGGUGCUCAACACAAGUCCGGAAGAUUCAGGAGUGUAUACCUGCACAGCCAAGAACCUGGCUGGCUCUGUGUCCUGUAAGGCUGAGCUCACCGUGCACACAGUUAGAGAAGACAAGGAGGAUUCAAUGGAGGACGAGGAGACCAUUCUCAGGAAGAUGCGCCGGCUGACUGACUACUAUGACAUCCACAAGGAAAUCGGGAGAGGAGCUUUCUCCUAUGCAAAACGAGUGACGCAGAAAGUGGGGAAAAAAGAGUAUGCUGCCAAGUUCAUAUCUGCCCGAGCCAAGAGGAAGGCCUCUGCACUUAGAGAGAUGAAUCUGCUGUCUGGGUUGGACCACGAGAGAGUCCUGUAUUUCCAUGAUGCCUUUGAGAAGAAGAAUGCAGUCAUCAUUGUCACAGAGAUAUGCAACGAGGAACUUCUGGAGAGGUUUACAAAGAAAUCUACAGUGAUGGAGUCAGACAUCCGCUCCUGUAUGAGACAGCUGUUGGAGGGUGUGGACUACCUUCACCAUCAAAAUAUCGUCCAUCUGGAUAUCAAGCCUGAUAACAUACUCAUGGCAGACCACCAUGGUGAUCAGAUCCGCAUCUGUGAUUUCGGCAACGCCAUAGAGCUCACACCCGACGAGGCUCAAUACUGCAAAUACGGCACACCAGAAUUUGUCGCUCCAGAAAUUGUCAACCAAACUCCUGUAUCCAAGGCAACUGACAUCUGGCCGAUUGGAGUCAUCACAUAUCUGUGCUUGACUGGAGUAUCUCCGUUUGCUGGAGAAAAUGACCGCAGCUCCGUGCUCAACAUCAGGAACUACAAUGUUGCUUUUGAGGAGAGUAUGUUCGCUGAACUGUGCCGUGAAGCCAAGGGAUUCAUCAUCAAACUGCUGGUGGCAGACAGACUUAGGCCUGAUACACAGGAGUGUCUCCGUCAUCCAUGGUUCAAGACCCUUACCAAGGGGAAGGCCAUAAGCACAGAGGCCCUCAAGAAGUUUGUGUCUCGCCGAAAGUGGCAGCGGUCCCUUAUCAGCUACAAAUCCAAAAUGGUAAUGAGGUCCAUCCCUGAGUUGCUGAACGACUCAUCCAGCCACAUCUCCAUCGCUGUUCCCCGACACCUCAAGGAGGGCUCACCCCCACCAUCAUCUUCCUCUGACUCUGACGAAGAUAUUGACGAGCUGCCCUUCAUUCCAAUGCCACUCACCAUGGAGUUCUCCGGAUCAAGAAUGUCUCUGAAUGAGAUCCCGGACGAUCAGGAAGGCACAGGCAGGCCAAACGGCCCCAUUGACAGACCAGGAUCAGCAGUCGCUCAUGGCCAACAGAAGAUGGUGAGUGAAACCACUGGGAGAGAGAAAGAGGCUGGAGAUUCCGCAGGUAUAAGCCACACCAGGAAAAGGUCAACGCUAGAAAAUGACAAGGGGUCUUCGGACGAGGAGGCUCCCGCAGAGUUGGUGCAAGUAUCUGAGAAGGCAAGAAGGCCCUUGUGCAGAGGCUUGAGCUUAGAGUCAGAUAAGCCAGAGGGAGGAACCAGAAGGGGGCCGCUGCGUAGAGGGGGCUCUGCCGACAGUGCGCUGCUACUCCACCUCGUACCAGAAGAGGGCGGAGAAGAGGAAACUCCGGAAAGGGGCCGGCGAGUCCUCAAAAAGACAGUAUCCAUGGAGCUGCCUAGGAGGAGCACAAGCCCAGGGCCUCUGAGUCAGGAGGACUAUGCUCUCAAACUGGAGCUGAUGCGGCAGAGGCUACUUCGAGGCGGCUCCGUAGACAAAAAGAUGAGCGGCCUGCGAGGACCCCUACUGGAGACCCUGGGCAUGGACGAUGGAAAGCAGCGGUUGUCACUGGAACGCUACUCACACGCCCCCCGCUUAGGGGUUCCCCCAUUAACCAGGGCAGCUUCCAGCGACCAGCCUGGAGAAGACGAGCCCAAACCCAAAUUGCUUCGCAAGAGCGCCUCCUUCAGUCAAGGAGAUGCAGAGCCCAUUCCUCUGCACAGACGGUCCGGGGAGCCACUGGAGAUCCCGCAGAUAGAGGAGCGAAGACUCAAGGAGGCCAUAUCCAUGUCUGCUCUCACUGAGCCAUUCAAGAAUGACUCACGCCCUGUGACUCCCAGGGAACCUUCCCCUAAACUUCCCAUACCAAGUCCAGAGCCUGGGGAACAGGAGACAACAACCAAGAUGGAGGACAAAGAGAUUAAGACUGUGGAAUCCAUUGGCAAAAGAAUGGAUGGCGUGUCCACAGACAGUAAUGCAGACCAGAGAUCGAACACAGGUGGUUUCUCAAAGAAGAACAUGAGCAUGUCAGAAGAAGCAAUGAUUGAACCAGAGUACGUGGAUCUGAGGGAGCCUAUCCCUACUUGGAGGGAGCCUAGCCCUCAUGUGAGGGUUCUUACAUUAGAGGAACCAAUGGAAGAAGAGAAAGAAGAGAUUGAGGAAAAAGAGACUGUUCCUGUAGAUGAUCCGAAAGCUAGAGAAGUUGAAGAAAUACACAAGGAAGUACAGAAAGAAGUGAAAGAAGAAGAAGUGAAGGCACCAGUAAAAUCUUCUGAGAUGGUCAUUACUACAAGCUCCAUAAGGGUCACGCCAGCACCAGCAUUUUCAAGGGCACCUGAUAAUGUUGUGACUCCCUUUCCACCUACGUACGUGGCUCCCUCUCCACCUGCCCUUACUGUACUCCCAGACGGUAGGACAUCUGCGUACGCUAGCAUAAUGCAAACCAUCAUGGUCCCUUCGCUUCAGCCCCUAGUUAGCCCCCCAUUAGCAGACUCCACCCCUGUAGUUGUUCCAGUCCUUGCACAAGCCCCAUUUCCAGCACCAACAUUAAUACCCACAUCUACAACUGUCCCUGACCCAUCAAAGCCAGUAACUCUGCUAUCUACACCAGGGGAACACCCUGCUGUCUUUUCAAGGGUAGCAUCCCCCGAGCCAAAGGAAAUGAGUCCACCCAAGGUUUCCCCAUGCCCCACGCCCCAACAUGAGCUCUCGCCAGGGGGACUAAACCUCCAGGACAUUGCCUCAGAGGAAAUAUUCAAGGCACGCUUCAAAAAGCGUGACUCUUCCGUCAUUCGAGGCCUGAAGCUUCUCAACUGGUCAAAGCCUGAGGAGAAACAAGUAGCCUCUUUGGACUCUGCCGAGUCAGGCGAAGAUGUAUACCGCCCUGGGCCUGUUGGAGCACCGCUUGAGUUUGUCCCCAGGAGACUGGAGGAGAAGUCCAAGUCGGUGCAGGAUCUCCGCGAGGCCCAGAAGGAUCAAGGUUUUAUGAGAAGGCUCUCCAUGCGCCUCAAGAGGACUCCGUCAGCCGAGCGCAAGUUAGAAAAGCCAAAUGAGGAAGAACCGGUGGCUCCCAGGCGCCGGCUCUCCUGGGCUCUCCCCGGUCGAAGAGGAUCCCAUUCCCAGGAGAGAAAGGAAGUGGAGAUGAUGAGGAUGGAUGGGGGAAUGGAAGCCGAGGUGGAACAGGAGGUCAAGGAGCCAAAGAAGCCAAACGAGUCGCCAGUCAUGGCCAUGCGCAGGAAGAUCGAGUCGACGGUGUCCGGAAUAUCCAUGAGGAUCCGCAGUGCCUCGGAGGAGAGGAAAGUAGCAGCAGAGGAGAGGGAAGCCAACAAACCAGAGAGCAAGAAGACACCCCUGUUCUCUAUUCUGCGCAGGUCGACUUCCGAGGGACGUAGCCUAAAGAAUAUGGCUGGACCCAGUGUCCCUCAGAACCAGCUGGGCUCUCAGUCGGGCAUCGGAGCUUCCUCAGAUUCCCUGGAGUCCAUGUCCAGCGUCAAGUUGGAGACAGCAUCAAAGGGGGCAGAGGGCGAACGCAGGUCCCGAUGGGACCGUUGGGGCCUAACCAGAGGCAGCAAGAGAGACAAGACGGUCUCGCAGCCUGAUAUCCCAACGGCUAUUGCCAGAGAAAAUGGCUCCCUACGCUCUCGCUCCUACUCCAGACUGGCAUCUGACUUCCCUCCCGUGUUCCACAUCAAGUUGAGGGACCACGUCCUGCUAGAGGGAGAUCCCAUCACCCUUAGCUGCCUCCCUGCUGGCAGCCCCCACCCACACAUCUCCUGGAUGAAAGAUAAGAAGCCUCUGCAGAUUGAUGCCAGAAUGAACAUGAUCUCCUGUCCGGAUGGCAGGCAGCUGCUGAUGAUCAUGACAACCACCAAGAAGGAUGCAGGGCUAUACGAGUGUGUGGCUACCAACCCUCUGGCUUCAGUCUCCAGCUCCUGUACUCUCUCCCUUGCUCGGCUGCCCAAUCAUCCUGGGACUCCUGAGGUUCCCCAGCGCUAUAAGAACACUGCCCUGGUCCUCUGGAGGCCAUCAGACACUACAGCCCCCUGCACCUACUCUCUGGAGAGAAAAGCAGAGGGUGAGAGUAACUGGCUCAUCGUGGCCACUGGAGUGGCUGACUGUUACUACAAUGUGGUAGACUUGCCAGGAAGGGGCACCUUCAGGUUUAGAGUGGCGUGUGUGAACAAGGCAGGCCAAGGACCAUACAGUAACCUCUCAGAGUUAGUGUGCCUGGACGCCUCAGCACCAACAAAAUCCAGUGGAUCAGUCGUUGUGAAGACAGUCCAUGCAGCACCGGUUGUCAAAACGUCAGCAAUUACCGUCCCCUCCAUGAAGCCUGUGCCUAGUAAAGUGCCGACCCCAGCCCCAUCUUUCUCCCCAUCCAUACAGACCCCAUCCCCCUCUGCUGCUGCUCCUGCUGUACCAGCGGCCAAGUCUAUUGCUUCUAUCCCCGCUUUUAAACCUGUUGAUUCCAAACCCUCAGUCCCUCAGACCCUAACCAGCGCUGCCUCCGCCCCCAUUGUUACUAAUGUGGCCCCAUCCCAUCGGGCCAUCCCUGAGAUCCAAAUCCCGUCUUCAGUUCAGUCCGCUCCUGCCCCGGCCAAAGCCAAGACCACCAUCAAUAUCAACGUCACAAAAACGGCACAGUCUCAACUGGGAACCGUAACCAAGCUCGCUCCUCCUAUCGUUCUCCCCAAACCCCAGAGUCCCAUCAAUAUCGUCUCGCCCAUGACUAAGACCCCGCCCCCACCUGUGGCCCCUCCCACAGCCAUUGGCAAACCCAUUUCGUCUGUGCCCAUGUAUGCGCCAAUACCGGCUACCACGGCACGCGUCAUCCCACCAUCCCCCUCCACCCCCAUCUCACCCCCGGUGGUGCUGGUUUCCAGCAUGAGUCCUGUAGGGGAUGGUGGGGUUACACCCACACGUAUGACCCCGUCUGGGCGGAUGACCCCCUCCGGCACCCUGUCAGGACGCAAGACGCCCUUGGGGGGACGCCCUGGUGAGAGUUCCCUGCGCCAGGGAGUGCCCCAGAAACCGUACACCUUCAUGGAUGAGAAGGCCAGGGGCCGCUUUGGCGUGAUUCGAGAGUGUAGAGAGAACGCCACGGGCAACCUGUUCAUGGCUAAGAUUGUGCCCUACGAGGCAGACAAUAAACAGACAGUGCUGCAGGAGUACGACAUCCUCAAGUCCCUCCACCAUGACAAGAUCAUGGCUCUGCACGAGGCUUACGUCACGCCCCGCUACCUAGUGCUCAUCUCGGAGUGCUGCAGUGGAAAAGAGCUCCUCUACAGCCUCAUCGACAGAUUCCGCUACUCAGAGGAUGACGUGGUGGGCUACAUCGUUCAGGUCCUGCAGGGUUUGGAUUACCUGCACAACCGCCGCAUCCUGCACUUAGACAUCAAGCCGGAGAACAUCAUCAUCACCUACAUGAACGUAGUGAAGAUCAUUGACUUUGGCAGCGCCCAGACCUUUAACCCACUCUUCCUCAAGCAGUUCAGCCCACCUGUUGGAACUCUGGAGUAUAUGUCGCCUGAGAUGUUGAAAGGGGAUGUGGUGGGCCCUCCGGCUGACAUUUGGAGUGUAGGCGUGUUGACCUUCAUCAUGCUAAGCGGAAGGUCGCCCUUCAUGGAUUAUGAUCCACAGGAGGCUGAAGCCAGAAUCCUGGCAGCCAAGUUUGACUUGGGCAAACUGUACCAGAAUGUGUCUCAAAGUGCCUCUCUGUUUUUAAAGAAGAUCCUGUGUAGCUACCCUUGGGCCCGUCCUUCCAUCAAGGACUGCUACAACAACUCAUGGCUCCAGGAUGCCUACCUGAUGCGGCUGCGGCGGCAGACCCUCACCUUCACCACCACGCGCCUCAAGGAAUACCUGGACGAACAGCAGAGCCUGCGGGUGGGGGUGGCCACCAAGCACAAGGUCCUUCUCCGGUCAUACCAGAGCUCGCCCCAGUCACCCACCAGCCCUAUACCCCCUUUGCCCAUGACACCGGUCACACAGUGAGCACGGCUUCAUAUGUCAAAUGCAUGAAGACAGGAGCUGUUGCCUUAGAGGAAGUACGCAAUCUAAACGAGGCAGGUCUUAGGACCGAGCUCCCUAACUUGGUGAGAUGAGGUGUGACUUUGACCUUUUCAGCCAAAUGGACAUAAAAUCACAAAAUCCAGCACUGGUUCUGAAUAUUGAGGACCUAACCUCUCUGCCUCCACCAGAAAGUCCCUAUACUAAGCCUACAGGAAGCCACACAUUUUUUGUCUUGCAAUGAGACAAUCCCACGAUGGGUCUUUGUGUAUUUCAUGGGGUGAUACAUGUUUCUCAAGGACUGGAUGCCAGCUCAAAGUUCCAAACCUCUGCUCUCUUUUUUUUAUGUUAACAAUCUCACAAAGUUUUCAUCUGAUCCUCUUGUAUCCAUGUACAUCAACCAGAUAUCUUCUCAAAACAUCUAGUGCAUGUGUGAUUUUAUCUUUCCCUAGGAUAAUGACAUUUGUGGAGAUUAUGUCUCUUCUAAGCAAUUUUUUAUGAACAAAGCGACACUACUGAUAACAUCUUUUACCCAUGAUUUUGGGUGCUACGGUAUGCACAGCAUAGUGCUCAGUGUCAUUUUCUAUCUCUGAUCAUCAGAAUGUUCUUGAAAACAUGAGACGGAAUUAAUGCAUUGAGAAAUAAUUGUUAGCUAAAUGGUCGAAGGCAAGAUCAGCAAGAGCUACCAGAACAGUGAACAACCAAUCAAUGCAACCCAAAUCAAGGAAUAGGACAUCAUCUGCCUGAAAAUAUUCUGAAAAGCAUUCUGAUUUGGCCCGUUGAGUCAUUGUCAUUAUAUAUUACUAUGUCAAUGGCUACAUUUUCCUAUAGUUCCCAUAAUUCAUGGACAUUGCAGAGGAUUUGUGUAUACCAAGUCUGUGUAUACAAAGGCUGCCUUGAACUCCAGUACCUUAGAUUCACAUUAGCUGAGGGUGUCUUGAGUCACAGGGUAUAAUGUAGCUUACAAGUGCCCUUACUAGAGUUCAGAUUGAACAUUUUGACAAAUUACAUUGUAAAAUGUGAAUGGGUAGAGGGAGUGAUGAGUGGCUUAAUCUACAGUUAAACAGGACCUCUUUGACUGUAAGAAUGUAAAUUAGUACACAGAUAAUACAAGUUCCCACUUUUAAAUCAGGAUGAUGCUUGGAGAAAGAAUGUAUCUUUGUUUUGGGGUUAUUGCCAUAUUUGAAAAAUACAUGUGUGUAGGUGCAUGUCAGUCACAUCCACGCAGAUGAAGAAAGUGUGAACGUUUCAUAAACAUUUGAGAAUUUAGUUAUUUGAUUCUGUUUUGAUAUCUUCAUCAUCCAACAUCGAAACAGUAUAUCAAAAGAGAUUUAAUAGUAUAGAUAUGAUAUAUAUUUAUUGUGGUAUAGUCAGGAAGUGAUGCGGCAAAUGAGUGUCAUGAAGUUGAUUUUUACUUUACAUUGUAUUUCAGUUUUUAAAUCAGCAGUUUGUUAACAAUUAAGUAUUUCAGCAGGAUUCUUGUAGUUGAAUACGAUUGUCAAGUAUGAUAUUAGUUUGAUGCCUGCCCUGUGUGUCAUAUCAUGCAGUUUUGUAUACAAUUAUGAUAUGCCCAAUUUCUUGGAUGACAGGAGUACUUGGGGUAAAUCUACAAAAUGGAUUAAGAAUAUAUUUCAAUGGAUUGUGAAGACCAUAUUAACAUUUAAAAAUAGAGAGAGUGAAUAUUGAUGUAUGAAUACAAGGAAGGAAUGUGCAAGACACCUCCAGUACGUUAAGAAGUAAAGUAAUUGCAAAUUAUUAUGGAAUGGAACUGUUUGCAAGGUUGGUAAUGAUAAAGUUAAUAGUUUUAUACCAAAGUAAGAUACCUUGAAUUAUUGCAGUGUCCCAGGUAAUGCACAUUGAAACACAAACGUUUGCUUUGUAUGUUGAGAAUCAAUAUUAGCUUUAAUUAAAUAAUUAAUUAUUCAGGGGGGUACUAUGAUACUGGAUGGCUUUGUGUGUGUGUGUUUGCGUUUAUUUAUUUAUUCAUUGAUUGAGCAGAUAGCCGACGUUUUGGCAGUGUCGGAGGUGAAACUGCAUUGGAGCUGUCAAAUCAUUGUCCCGAAAAUACACCCAUGAGAAAGUGUAUCUAUAUAAGUGAUGAUGCCCUAGAAGCUGGUAUUUGGAGGAUAUAUUGACACGGGUGUUGUUAGGCCCAAGACAAAGUCAAGGGCCGGCAAACCGUGCCAAUAUAUCCUCCAAACACCGGCUUUGAGUGCAUUAUCACUUUUAUACAACAGGUUACCAACAUACUCAAAUAAUGAUUCAGAUUGUUCAUUAAAAACCUUAUUUCGAUUAUUGUAUUCAUACUAUUUCAUCCUUCCACAGGAUAUAGUCCCGACACAAAUCUAUGGUUGUUAUCCAAGCCGGCUGGUCGUUCGUUCUAUCGGUUCAGUUGCCAGAGACGGGACCCAGUCCUUCCGUGUUUUUGUUCUGUAUCUACGGACGCGACCCAGUUAUUCGUUCUAAAUAUUCAGUUGCCAGGUUCUUAUCCCUUGCUUGAUAGCUAGUCAACUACGGAUAACUUAGUCACGUCAAAAAGUGCAGCCAGAAUAACAGCGAAGUAGCUGCAUUUGCAUUUGUUUAAGCUGUUUUCUAGUGACAGUUAUUUGGAUACAUCCAUAACAAUGAGCUAAUGAGGCACGAUUUUGCCUGACAUAGAAAAUAUACUCUCUCGUUAGGACACUGUUGUUCAGAGGAGCUAGCCAACAACACAGCAAGCACAAUCACUUCAAACUGUUGGAAGUUGGAAAGACUGCAAACUAGCUGCACUUCAUUUUGUUUGACCUUUUAACAAUUUACAUUUCUUUGUAUAUAUCCAUAAACAUUUUCCCAGAUGAUUCGUGAUUUCGAAUGGAUGAGAAACGCUGUCUGCAUGCUGUAUCGUCCCGACUCCCGACACGAUCAUUACUAUGGGACAGCUGGAAAUCGAAUUUGAAUAUUGAAACUAAAUGUUAGUCUAAAAGAAAUGUGAGAUAAUGUCGAGAUGCUAUUUAUAGUGGAGAUCAACUGUAGAAAUUGCUUGGCUGGGCUGAUUGCACAGUCAGAUCAAAAAGAGUAAAUAGGCAUUUUAAUGUCAUAGAUUUAGCCGGUGGGAAUUUAUGGAACAGACACAGGCUGGAAUGCAGUUUUAACCAAUCAGCAUUCAGGAUUAGACCCACCCACUGUAUAAGUGGAAAUAAUGACUCUCAAAUUGAAAAACAUUAAAUUAAAUAAUGAGGAUUUCGAUCAGCCUAAUCGAGGUAUAGAUUGCAUCUGACAUUCCAGUGUUAGAAGUUGUAAACAAGGCUGCAUGGGAUUUCUCGUAAUGCAACUCCGUGCAGCCAAUGGCAAUGCCCGCUUUAGGUAUAACGCUAGGAGCCACUUGUGGAUUUGACAGCUCUAAUGCAGUUCCACCUCUGACACUGCCAGAACAACCGCUAUGAUUGAAUAGAGCCCUUGAUGCGGCUCUUAACCUUCUUUGUUCUGUGGAAUCUCUCUGAAUCUGGCAUGGAAUAGCUACGAAUAAUUAAUAAAGAACAUACAUCUUAAACCCA